AUGCAAGAGAAGCCCCCUAUUCGUUCUCAUCGACCUCAAAGGAAAAAGUUCACCCUUCUCACUGUGCGCGACAUGCUUGAUUCCGACGACAACUCGAACUCCUCUCCCGUAUCCCCGGUAUCCGUCACAGAAACCGCCUCGAAGGUCUCCAUCGCCACUUACUCCGUCUUGCAGUUAAACUGUCCAGACAGCCAGAAGUUAGUUGGUUCACCACUAUCCUCCUCCUCUCCCACUUCGUCAUCGUCCCCGUCACCGCCGUCGCCGCCGCCACUAUCGCAACUACCACUCCCACCAACCGUGGAGCCUGUCCUGAGGUGCCCGUUAUCGUCCAACAUGGGUUCGUCGUCUUCAACGGAACUUAGCCCCAAGGUAACGAGGGUGCUGCCGACAGCCAAAGACUUAUCCGGCAGUGGAAAUUGGUUUCAGUCAUCCGAUAGGGGGUCAUCAAACAUUCCAGAUCCUAAAGAUGUUAUCUAUGCAACUUACCUGUAUCAGUACUUCAGUUACCUCCAGCGGUGCAUGUCCGUAUCGGCGGAUCACCAGAUGACGUCUGAGGGAAUAAAGCGAAAGCGGCUAUCAGCAGUCCCAGUGACUGGAGAUAGGGUGAAUGGCGUUCAGUACCAGACCGCGCCGCUGUUGGAUAAAGAGACACGAUCACCCACUGAGAUAAGAGGAUCACAGAAGCCUCUCCUCGGAACAGUUUUCCAGCAGAAGCCCGAAUCUUCCUCAUCUUCCCCCUCCUCCUCUCCAACAGUCUCUGCAACGGCAACAGUAUUACGGGGGCCCAGUUCUAUGGCUCUCACCACGAAGACAGCUGCGGCAAUGGUCGUGGCGGCCGCUGCCCUUGCUCGACGUGAUCGCCGGAACGAUACGUGCGAGUACUGUGGGAAGGUCUUUAAGAACUGCAGUAACCUCACCGUCCACCGUCGCAGCCACACCGGUGAGAAGCCCUACAAAUGCGGCCUUUGCAAUUACGCUUGCGCCCAGUCCUCCAAACUAACUCGCCAUAUGAAAACUCACGGUAAGGACGGGCGACCGAGCCACCUUUGCAAGUACUGUUUCACCCCCUUCAUCGUGCCCUCGACACUGGAGAAACACAUGCGCAAGUGCAUGAAGAGUCGUCAUGUGCAGCCCCUACCAGGGGCAGUCGCAGCCGCAGCUGCCGCUGCAUCCCGUAACUAUGGCCGUGGGUUUCUGCGACGUAUCGCCUCCCCUUUACUGGGUGAGAAGUCGUUCCAAAGCACAGUUGCCACUCCGCCACCUCCUUCGAGCGUGCCAGUAACAACAGUAGGACCAAAGUUGCCAUCCCCUGAUGGAAUGCUGAUAGCAGGGAACUGGGGUCCAGUACCGCAGGCUUUUAUGAGACCCAGUGGAGAAAGCCGUGCGAGGGAAACGGCGUUCCCCCGAGCUUCGCAGCGAAUACCAACCGAAACAACUCUCCGCCCACCAACUUCAUUUCCGAUGUCGCGUUUCUCACCGGCUUGCGGUUUCAGGCAGCUCACUGCUGCUACCACUGCAAAUGCAUUCCUGCCUAACGGGGGUCGUCUGAAUUGCAGUGCGGCCCUCACCUCCCCCGGAGCGGCCUCCUUGCUCGAGAACCUGGCACCACAUCUGUCGGCUGGUAGUCCACUUCAAAAUCCCCUCCUCUUCCACCAACUCUACUCCAGCCUAGCUCACUACCCCUCUGUGCAUCGUUUUCCCUAA